GGGGGUCUCUGGGAACUGUGGGGGAGGGGGCGGGGGGGAGCCAUGGCUCGUGGCUCAUUCCCCCCUUCUCCAGCGCUUCACCUUACCUCCCCGUCCCGCUUCCUCUGACACGUGCCCUAUGACAUCUUUCUCUGUGUGUGUGUGUCUCUCUCGGGGCCUCUCCCUCUCCGGGUGUGCAUUUGUGUUUGCGUGGGGUUCCGUGUGUGUCUCUCCGUGGCUUCCUGCUCUCUGGCCGCCUGUGUGUGUCCGAGGGCUCACCCCACUCCGCUCGCCCUCUCCCCGUCUCUCUGAGUGUCUCUUCCUCUUUGUGUGACUCAGGGUUCCGUGUGUGUGUGUGUGUGUGUGCACGCGCGUGUGUCCGUCCGUGCGUCUGUCCUCGCUGAGCCCGUGCUGGUGCCUGUGUCUCGCUCGCCCCUCCGUCUGUCUCUCAGCGUCUCUCCCAUCUCUGCGAGUGUCUCUGCGUCCCGGUCUGUGCAGGCAGCCGGUCCGGCCGAGCGGCGGAUGUGAGGGAUGAUUCAGGGCUGACAGGAAGCCGCCGCCUCGCCCGCUGCCCGCCAGUAUCCGCGGCGUCGGCGUCCGCUCGGCAGGUGCGCCGGCUCGGCAUGAGGGGGCCGCAGUGACAGGGCCCGGCUCUCAGCACUGCCGGACAUGUGGCCAGGAGUGGACAUGCAUGUGGAGAGCGAGCUGCUGUGGCCCGGGGUGGCCCUGUUGCUGCUGCUGGGGACAGUCGCCAGCUUGUGCGUGCGCUGCUCCCGCCCAGCGGUGAAGAAGUCUGAGAAGAUCUAUGAGCAGAGGAGCCUGGAGGAGAGUCAACAGAACUUUGCGGUGGCCCGGACCUAUUCCUUGGUCAGGCAAGCCUGGCCUGGGGCUCUGGUGGACAUGGACUCCGACGUGGCCCUAACAAGGAAGGACAAGCUGCUGCGCUUCUCCCCCAGCCUCGAGGAUUCUGAGUCCUCCAGGUACCAGAACUUCAGCAAAGGGACCAGACGGGGACCCAGAUCCGGCCCCGAAGCGGCCCACCCAGACCCCAUUUCCAUGGACUAUUACAACUGGGGGCAGUUCCGGAAGCCCCGGGAAGAUGAGGACAACGAAGAUGCCAAUUCCUACGAGAACGUGCUCAUCUGCGCGCGGACGGAGCCCGACUCAGGUGACGAGGGAUCGGAGGAUUACCAGAACUCCGCAUCCAUCCGGCAGUGGCGGGAGUCCAGGAGGGCCGUGGAGCGAGCCCCGAGGGAAGAGCCUCUGACCCUGGCAGGCAGCCCAGAUGAGGACGACGACGACGACCCUGAUUACGUGAAUCAGAGCGUGGCAGCCCCAGAAGCCUAGGAAGGCUCUGGAAGGAAGGAGCCGAGGGAGCCACUAGGCCGAGGGCUGUAUACUGCCUCCCCUGGGGUCACUUCUCUCUCGGGAGCUGCCCAGCCUCUAGACGGCCCACGGUCACUCCUGGGAGAUGCACCGAGACGUCCAGAGAACCAUCCAUCAGGCCAUAGGGGGCCGGCCGGGGACAGGACAGUUAUAUGGGGAAAUCAGCCCCUGGCCCGGCUUCUGCGAGAGCCCAAGGCUGAGGGCAGCGUGGCUCCUGCCCUGACCGAUGCCCCGGGGUCAAGGCGAGCUACCUUCCUGUCCCCACAUCUGAGAAACACCGCGUGUCGCUGGGAUUCCUGUGCCUUUUUGCUUCGGAUUCAGAUUCCAAAUUGCUGACUCGUGUCGAUGGCUGGGAUCUUUUUUGUGAGCCGUGGACGUGGACAGUUAAUUUAUGUGGGUGGGACCGUAUUUAAUAAUCUACAUCCCCGGGUGCAGAGCGUCACCUGUCUCGUCUCCUGGAAGCAUUACACGUCAUGGCCGCCGUCGGGGGGGACCCAGUCCACUUGGAGGCAGUGAGGCUACAGGACAGCCCUUCCGUGGGGACGUCUGCUGUGGGCAAAGCACGUAGUUUCUGGAGGAGCACCGCGGAGCGGCUGAGUGGUGCCCCUCUCCGUUGUCCCCGAGUCCUCCCCGGCCCCAGGACUGGACUCGCUGAGCUGAGCAGGAACCCAGCUGCCUCACUGCAAGCACAGGGGCCUCCAGGGACCUUCGGAGGCAGAUAAAGCCAUAGCCAGAGGGACUAGAUGUUUCCUUCGACUGAAACGUCUCAAUAAAGCCUGUUCUUACUAGCGA